UCUUCUGGGAAGUAAGGAGAGAAGGUUUCUCCAACAGAGAAACUCUUUCAGAUGAAAGAUGUCCCCAGAUCAUUCUGUCAUCCCUUUGUCUUGGGGAAGAGCCAUUCUUCAGCUCUCAGCUAAACUGAGAAUUCAGCCAAAAAAAAGUAGACUUGAUCUGAAAAAUUACAAGAAAUCAAGACCGCCUUAAUUUGACACACUUCCUUUAGAAAAUGCUUGCUGACAUUUGCCCAGAAUUAACUUUUCUCUUCUUACUUUAUCCUUAAAAUAGUAAGAAAAUGACCAGUUGCAUACUGGAUUUCUAGUCAGAAGACCUGAAUUUGACUUUCAAUGCUAACAGUUAGCAUGUGGCUUUGGGACACUAACAUCAGUUUUUUGAAACCUAUUUUGCACAUUUCUACAAUGAUAUUAGAUAGACUCUAAGACCCUUUCCAGUUUUACAAAUACAAUCUAUUUUUCCUAAACACUACUGAUUUACAGAAGAAGUCAAAUAGAGGGUUUAUGCUGCUUAGAAAUCAAAGGAAAUCCUACAGUAACCCCAAGGGAAAGCAGAAAGUAGAACCACUGAGAAGGUUAAUGUCCUGUGGUUCUGUACUAUAAGUGUAGAUAAAGUCAUCCCUUAUAAUCUAAGGGACUAUUGGAAGGAACGGUACUCUCUUCUCACCUCUGCCAAACUUUUUUAAAUAAGUGAAAUUGGGUCAAAAUGAACACCAAAGGCAUCCUUGGAAGAAAAAAGAUGUCUGUGUGGAAAUGGAAAGGGUGAGUCUCACUAAUUUUUAUCCCUGUGGUGGGAAAGGCAUGGAAGGUUAGCAUAGUUAUAGGCUGAUUAUACAUAAAAAAGCCUCAGCUUUUUGAAAUAUCAGCUGACCUGAAUCCAUUUCUUUCAGUCCUGGUGAGAUAAAUACAGAGGUGGAAAGGCAAAGCUGAAGGUUUAGCAUACCUCAAUAUAACAGCUAAUAUUUCAAAGUGUGAUAAAGGACCCCAAAGGGCCCUUGAGACCUUUUCAGAGAGUCCUUGAGUUUAGAUAUAUUCUCACAAUAAUAUUAAGAUGUUUUAAAUUCUUAUGUGGUAAGUACCGAUAGAUAUAAUUCACAUAAAUAAAAGUUAUUUUAGGGUCUUCGGUUUUUAAGAGUAUAAAUAAAGUGGUCUUGAAACCACAACAUUUAAGAACCCCUACCCCAAUCACAGCAUAUGACCCUGGACUCUGCUUUUGGAGGAGAAUUCUAAAUGGUUUUAUUGCAAAUAGUCUCUGGUGUUUCUCUGAGCCUAGAAUUGUAGAAAGCAUAAGGAAAGGAAAAAAAUUUUGAGGAGCAACUCAUAUGGCUAAACUUGUUUUUAUCCUUUCUGCUGUGAUGAUUUUUAACACAAUAGAAGGCAUAGCCAAUAACAUUUGUUCAAGUGUACAAAAUAUUAUUAUGUUCUUAACUUGGUAGGCUUAUAAUUUGCCCCUUUUUAUUAAAUAUUACUUAUUACCAGAAUUAGAAGACUGAAAUAGGGCUGGUAAAUUGCUGUGGUACCAUAUUUUUCAGAACCAAUACUUAUGUAACUAAGAGGAGUACAAGUUCAGAGCAGAUGAUUGGUGAAUGAGGUUCUUUAUGAAGCAGAAUGACUCAUUAAUAACUCCAGAAUGGGUCGUUUAAAAGAGCUUUAAGAUGGAACAUGGAUCUUGGGGGUCUCUUGGAGCAGAGGUUGAAGCUAAAAAAGAUGUCUUUAGAAAGACCAACAUCUGGACUUAACAGAUAUUCCAGCCUUAUCUUGGCUAUCUUUAUGAAAUAUUGGCUCCCAGCGAAAACAAAGAGAAUUGUAGAAAAGCUGGAUUGAGGGAGACAGGUGGCAGAUAAGCUGUUUAUCCCCAGAUUUGGGAGAAUGAGGUAACCAGAAGGGUACAGGAUUUAGGGUAAAUGGAGAAAUUUUGAGAAAGAGGAAGCUGAAGUUUUCUGGGGAAAGCUACACUGCCUAUUAAUUCAAAUAAGCUAUUAAAAAUAUCCUGCGCCCUCUGGGAAAUCCACUUCUGGUUGAACAGCUUCAUCUGCCAAGUACCUCCCCCUUAUGGUUUUCUAGUACCUCCACCCUUUCACUGGUCAUACCUACCUUUCAGAAGCUGGCACAAACUGGAAAACCAUCUGGCUGGCUGUCUAAAAUAUGGUUGAGUUUAUUUCAGAUGAAAUACUCGAUUUGGUUUAUGAUGAAUCAAAUUUUUCUGGAUACAGUACAUACCUGCCACCUGAGUCUGACGAUGCAGCACCCUGUCCCCCAGGGAGCUGGAAUCUCAACAAGUACUUUAUCAUCAUAAUAUACAUCUUCGUGUUCUUGCUAAGUUUGCUGGGAAAUUCAUUGGUGUUGCUUGUCAUCCUCUACAACCGGCUCAACCGUUCAGUCACGGAUAUCUACCUGCUCAACCUGGCCAUAGCUGACCUGCUCUUUGCCCUGUCACUGCCCAUCUGGGCUGCCUCCAAGGUGCAAGGAUGGAUCUAUGGCACACCUCUUUGCAAGCUUGUCUCCCUUCUGAAGGAAGUCAACUUCUAUAGUGGCAUUCUGCUGCUGGCCUGCAUCAGUAUAGACCGCUACCUAGCCAUAGUCCAUGCUACCCGUGCUUUGACUCAGAAACGCCACUGGGUAAAGUUCAUCUGUAUGGGCAUCUGGGUUCUGUCCUUGCUCCUGUCCAUGCCCAUUGUUCUCUUCCGUGAGAAACUACAGUCAAAAGAUUAUGGCUAUGUCUGUUAUGAGAACUUUGGCAAAAGUACUGAAAAAGGGCGUCUGAUACUGAGGAUCCUGACCCAGUUCUGUGGCUUUGUCCUGCCCCUAGUGGUCAUGCUCUUCUGCUACGGCUUCACUAUGCGCACCCUUUUUGAGGCGCACAUGGGGCAGAAGCAUCGGGCCAUGAGGGUCAUCUUUGCUGUAGUGCUUGUGUUCUUACUUUGCUGGCUGCCUUACAAUCUGGUGCUGGUCACUGACACCCUCCUGAGGACCCACCUAAUUGAGGACUCUUGUUCACGAAGAGAGGCGAUUGAACAGGCCAUAAAUGUCACUGAGGUACUGGGCUUCCUCCAUAGCUGCCUCAACCCCAUUAUCUAUGCCUUCAUUGGACAUAAAUUUCGAUAUAGCUUUCUCAAAAUCCUUGCUGCCCAUGGUAUGGUCAGCAAAGAGUUCUUAGCCCAGCACACCAAGCCCUCAGUCCAUGGUUCCUCCUCUGGAAAUACCUCUACCACUCUUUGAAAACCUUUCUUUUCCAGAUUUUAUGAGUUUUUCACUGUCCUUUGUCUUUCUCACAAUAAUCUCCAAAACUUCACUCUUGAAUGAGUUAGUUUCUCCUUUUCCAUGCAUGUCUCCACCACCAUGUGGAAAGGAAAGAAAGUGAGAACCCUAUUUAAGAAUACCACUUCAACUGGAUGAUACACGAAUUGCAUCUACCUCUACAAGUAUCUUGAACUCUUGGAUUGCAGUUGCCAUAUUUUUUUUUAAUUUUUUGCUGAGGAACUUGGGGCUAAGUGAUUUGCCCAGGGUCACACACCUAGGAAAUAUAUUAAGUGGCUGAGGUCAAAUUUGAACUCAGGUUCUCCUGACUUCUACAGUUGCCAUAUUAAUAGGACAGCUCCUAUUAUUCAACUCCCUUAGCUCACAGCAUGAUUUCUUGAGACUUUAAAGCCUAGAUCCCAUUUAGGGUACCUAUUGUGAUUCUACAGCAGAAAAGGGGUAUGGGGUGGGACCAGGGGAAGUAUCAGAUUUUAUAAAUCAGUCUCUUUUCAUAUAUUCUCUUGACUAUCAUUGGAGACAGCUAGAUGAAUCAGUGGAUAAGAGUGCUGAAGUUUAAAUCUGGCCUCAGAUACACACUACCUGUGUAAUCCUCAGCAAGUUACUUUACCUCUUAAUCCACUGGAGAAGAAAAUGGCAAACCAUUCCAGUAUCUUUGGCAAGAAAACCCCAUACUGGGUCACAAAAAAAGUUUGACAUAACUGAAAGCCUGAAAAACAACAAUUGUGUCUAUCAAAAACCUGAAAAUGGGAGAGAGAAAUUAAACUUGAAGAUGGACUUCUAGUCAGUCACUUGCAAAGAUAGUCCUGAUUCCUAGUUUCGCUCUUGGACUUGUUCUGCUGAAAAUAAAUUUUAUUAGGAAAAGUC